CCAAAACCGGGGCCGAGCCGAGCCGUGACACCGCCGCCUCCGGUCUUCGCCCGGUUGAGCACAAAACUCGGGUGGCUAGAUUCCCGAUCUUAGCCAUUAGAACACAUCACAUCCCAGACUCAUUCCGCUCUCCUCCCCAUGGACGAGGUGCUGGACCGGCUGGUCGACACAGCCUGGGAGAAGUUCACCGUCCAGACUCCCAGAGACAGGCGCUUCUUAAUUGGCAUCGGCGGCAUUCCCGGCUCUGGCAAGACGACGUUGUCCAAGCGGCUGACGGCCGCCCUCAACGCCCGCCAUGCCGCCCAGUUCCCAGGCAGCCCGCCCGUGGCGAUCUUCGUCCCCAUGGACGGCUUCCACUACACGCGCGCGCAGCUGGACGCCAUGCCGGACCCGGCCACGGCCCACGCGCGCCGCGGCGCCGAGUUCACCUUCGACGGCGAGCGCUUCCACCAGCUGGUGCGCCGCCUGCACGCGCCGCUGACCGCCGCCACCCCGACCAUCUACGCGCCCUCGUUCGACCACGCGGCCAAGGACCCCAAGGAGGACGACAUCGCGGUCGAGCCCACCCACCGCAUCGUCGUGCUGGAAGGCAACUGUGCGUCUCUCCCCGUUUUCCCUUUCAACCCCCCACUCCCCUCUCCUCCCCCACGACACCCCAACCAAACAUUUAAUCCGUAAUGGGCACACACUAACCCCACCCUUCCCC